AUGCGCCCCGACUCGUCCUCCCACGAAGCCCUCUCCUCCGUCAACUCGGCCCCGGCGUGUUCGCCCACCUCCGACUCGGAAAACCUCAGCCCCGACGAACUGGAGCUGCUGGCAAAGCUGGAGGAGCAAAAUCGGCUACUGGAGGCCGACUCCAAGUCGAUGCGCUCCAUGAACGGCUCACGAAGGAACAGCGGCUCAUCCUUGGUCUCCAGCUCUUCGGCCUCCUCCAACCUCAGCCACCUCGAGGAGGACACCUGGAUCCUCUGGGGCCGCAUCGUCAACGAGUGGGACGAGUGGCGGAAGAAGAAGGAGAAGCUGCUGAAGGAGCUCAUCCGCAAAGGGAUCCCCCACCACUUCCGUGCCAUCGUCUGGCAGCUGCUCUGCAGUGCCACCGACAUGCCUGUCAAAAACCAAUACUCGGAGCUGCUCAAGAUGUCCUCUCCCUGCGAGAAGCUCAUCCGACGGGAUAUCGCCCGCACUUACCCGGAGCACGAGUUCUUCAAGGGACAGGACAGCCUGGGCCAGGAGGUGCUCUUCAACGUCAUGAAGGCCUAUUCGCUGGUGGACCGGGAGGUCGGAUACUGCCAGGGUAGCGCCUUCAUCGUGGGACUGCUGCUCAUGCAGAUGCCCGAGGAAGAGGCCUUCUGUGUGUUCGUGAGGCUGAUGCAGGAAUACCGCUUACGGGAGCUCUUCAAACCCAGCAUGGCCGAGCUGGGGCUCUGCAUCUACCAGUUCGAGUACAUGCUGCAGGAGCAGCUGCCAGAGCUGAACAUCCACUUCCGCUCGCAGAGCUUCCUCACCUCCAUGUAUGCCUCGUCCUGGUUCCUCACCCUCUUCCUCACCACCUUCCCCCUUCCCGUGGCCACGCGCGUCUUCGACAUCUUCAUGUACGAGGGGCUGGAGAUCGUCUUCCGCGUGGGGAUGGCACUGCUGCAGUUCAACCAGGCUGAGCUCGUUCAGCUCGACAUGGAGGGCAUGUCCCAGUACUUCCAGAAGGUGAUCCCACACCAGUUCGACAGUUGCCCCGACAAGCUCAUCCUCAGGGCCUUCCAGGUCAAGUACAACCCCAAGAAGAUGAAGAGACUGGAGAAGGAGUACGCCGCCAUCAAGAACAAAGAGAUGGAGGAGCAGAUCGAGAUCAAGUGCCACGCUGUGGGGGAGAACCGGGCGCGCCGCGCCAUGGUGGUGACGCAUCCCCGCUGUCCCCAGGGCCAGGUGACACGGGCGCAGGAGGCGGAGGAGAACUACAUCAUCAAGCGGGAGCUGGCGGGGGGGAAGCAACGCUGCACCUCGGCCACCGAGAACCU